UAUUUUUGUGUUAAUAGGAAGUUACUCUCACUGGACGACCAUUGAUGAAGUCUUGAUACACUCCAGGAAAACAACUUUGAAGGUAUUCUUGUGAAUUCAUCUUUAUGAGCCUCUGUGACACUUACUCUAGCUGCCGCAUACAUGGAGCAUGCAAACAUCUUGAGUGUGGCCGUGAUUCUGCUAAACCUGGUAAUAUCUUACGGACAGGAAUAUCCUUUUAUGGACCCUUCACUUCCGUGGGAUAAACGUGUGGAGGACCUGAUUGGACGUUUAACUCUAGAGGAGAUGGUGCUGCAGCUGGCAAGAGGUGGUGCAGGAAAGAAUGGCCCAGCCCCUGCAAUUCCACGCCUAGGUAUAACGCCUUAUUCCUGGAACACUGAAUGUCUAAGAGGAGAUGUUCAAGCACCAGGCUGGGCUACUUCAUAUCCACAGGCUCUGGGAUUGGCUGCAUCCUUCAGUCCUGAACUGGUUGCCAAAGUGGCUAAUGCCACUGCCACUGAAGUCAGAGCCAAACAUAAUUACUUCAUGUCUAUUGGGAACUAUGAUGACCAUACAGGGCUAAGUUGCUUCAGUCCAGUGAUAAAUAUUCUGCGGCAUCCUCUUUGGGGACGUAACCAGGAGACGUAUGGUGAGGACCCCUAUUUAAGUGGGGUGCUAGCUGCAGCUUUUGUAAAGGGACUGCAAGGAGACCAUCCUCGAUAUGUGAAAGCCAAUGCAGGAUGCAAACAUUUUGAUGCCCAUGGAGGCCCGGAAAAUAUCCCAGUUUCUAGAUUCAGCUUUGAUGCCCAGGUGCUGGAAAGAGAUUUGCGAAUGACCUUUCUACCUCAGUUUCAUGCAUGUAUUCAAGCUGGGUCAUAUAGCGUUAUGUGCAGCUAUAACAGAGUGAAUGGAGUCCCAGCUUGUGCCAACAAGAUGCUGCUGACAGAUAUCCUACGUAAUGAGUGGGGAUUUGAAGGUUAUGUGGUAAGCGAUGAGGGUGCCAUUGAAUUUAUUAUGCUGAUGCACAACUAUACAAAGAACAUGUUGGAAACUGCAGUCGCUGCUGUUAAUGCUGGCUGUAAUCUGGAACUCACCUACAGCCUGGCAGAUAAUGUCUUCAUGAGAAUUAAGGAUGCAGUCAUGCAUGGUAACAUCACAUUGGAGACUGUGAAAGAGAGGUUAUAUCCACUGUUUUACACCCGUAUGAGACUUGGAGAAUUUGAUCCACCAGACAUGAAUCCGUAUAGCUCCCUUGAUCUUGGUUCUGUUCAGACACAAGAGCACAGGGACCUUGCAGUGGAAGCAGCAAUCAAGAGCUUUGUACUUCUGAAGAACAUCAGGGACACUUUGCCACUGGAUCUAGAGAGCAUUCGAGGGAAAAGGAUUGGGGUAAUUGGACCUUUUGCCGAUAACCCGCAAGAACUUUUUGGGGACUAUGAACCCCAUCCAGACCCUCAAUAUAUCACUACCCCUAAGGAAGGUCUUGCAAUGCUACCCGUAAAGAUUUUCUUUGCUGCGGGAUGUAUUAAUGCACAAUGUGAAAAGUACAACCCCAAUGAGAUUAAAGAAGUGGUCCAGUCUGUUGACAUCACCAUAGUGUGUCUUGGAACUGGUGUAAGUGUAGAAACUGAAGGCAAGGACCGAGUAGAUUUAUCGUUUCCUGGCCAUCAGGCUGAUCUCUUGAGGGAUGCCGUGGGCUCAGCUGCAGGACGUCCAGUUAUCCUGUUGCUCUUUAAUGCCGGACCACUAGAUGUCUCAUGGGCCCAGAGUAGUGAUGGUGUACAGGCUAUCCUGGAGUGCUUCUUUCCUGCACAAGCCUCUGGCAUUGCCAUUGCUAAAACCAUAGUGGGAGCAGAUGGUGUAAAUCCUGCGGGCAGACUGCCAGUUACAUGGCCAGCCAGGAUGCAGCAGGUACCUCCUAUGGAAAAUUACACUAUGCAUGGACGAACAUACCGUUAUUUCGGCAACCAGGUGCCUCUCUACCCCUUUGGGUAUGGCCUGUCCUACACCAAAUUUUAUUAUAGUGACCUGGUAGUGACGCACAGCUCUCUGCAAAUCUGUGAGACCCUCCAACUGUCUGUACAGGUGCAUAACUCUGGAUCCAGAAUUGGGGAAGAGGUAGCACAGGUGUACAUCAGCUGGUCUAAUGCUAGUGUACCAGUUCCUCGUUGGCAAUUGGUGGGUAUUCAGCGAAUAGCUGUUCCAUUGGCUAGUGCUGUUAAGAUCUUUUUCUCAGUUCGGCCUGACCAGCGAGCAGUGUGGACUGACCAGUGGAAAGUUGAACCUGGUCAUUUUUUUUUGUAUGUCGGGGGCCAGCAGCCUUUCCAAGAUCUAACUGUACCAUCCAAUAUCCUUCAAACCAACUUUACUGUAAAAGGGAAAGCACAGCCUCUUAACACAUGCUAAAGUGCAUAGAGUGAUCUCUCCAGAAGGUGACAACGUUUCAACCGAAUUGAUAGCUGAACAGAUAUGAACACUUUAUCUACAGACUGUCUUAAGUCAACUGCCGAGGAAAUUAUUUUUACAAUUAAAUCAUAAAAUCUUGAGUAAAUAA